AUGCCAUACCCGGCAAUCAGAUUCCGCGAAGAGACCGAAGAGAUCAAGAAGCUUCGCGAGAAGGAGAAGGGCGACUGGAGCAAGCUGACUCUUGAUGAGAAAAAGAAGCUGUACCGCCACAGCUUCUGUUUGACCUUGUCCGAGGUUGAAGCUCCCACCGGCGAGUGGAAAAUCCAACUUGCCGUCGUCCUCUACACCGUCGGACUUGCUCUUUUCUUCUACGGAUUUGCCCGCAAGAACUUUUUCGGUCCACUACCACCUACGAUGUCACCUGAGGGCAAGCAGGCCACUCGUGAUUUAGAAAUCAAAUACAAAACCAAUCCAAUCUUUGGUUUGGCCUCAAAAUUCGACUACGAGAAGGGAGACUGGAAGAAAUAA